CAUUCUGACAAUUAUAAGAAAUGAAAAUUACUUCUGCUAUUCCAAUCUUCACGUUCGUGGGAUUCUUGAAUUUCAAAUAUGUUGUUGCCUUUGAAGGAGACAUUGAGGUGCAAAUGUGGAAUACAUACAACUUUACUGGUAAACUCAGCUAUACCAGAAAACCUCCCGACUGGUUUUUAACUCCGAACGAAGUCGGUAAUAACUACCGAUCCUAUCAAGUGUUCGUUAAGUUUGGAGAACAUAAGUAUGUUUCUGAUGCUCUCAAUUACAAGAAUGGACCAACUCCCAUAGAUCAUGUAACUACCAAACAUAUUCCAAUGGACUUUUCGCUGAUGAUAGGAAAUUCUAAAUAUGUGAGGAAAUCAAGAAUGACGUUGUACAAUCCAGAUAACCCACCUGAUGACAUGACAAACCGUAUCUUUAUAACAGUCAGAGCCAGUGUGCUUAUAUUUACUGCACCUUUUAAACUACAUGAAUAUGAGCAACCUUAUGCAGACACUGUCGAACCGCUUUUGAAAAGGGGCAUGCUAUCGGAUCACGUGAAGAAGAUAAGGGAAGAGCUUUAUCGAGCUAGGAUGAAUAGACCACAGUAAUCUUUCGUCUCAUAAUGGCUGAAUUUUUAUUCACAAAAUAAUGAGAAUUACGACAACAGCACUAUCUACCGACCUAUCUCUACAAAUUAGAGACUCUCCUUCACACGUGUCUUUGGCAGUCCUGCGUUUGAGUUCAUGAAACUCUAUCAGAAUGGUCAUUUCACGUGUGUCAGUUGCUUUUAACUAAAUUGUGCAAAAGAAUUUGUAUUUUUUUACAGAAGCUAUUUCAUAGAAGACUAAUUAACAAUAAAAAUAUUUCAGUUCUGUUUUUUGUUAGGUAUUCUACGCUCGGUACAUCUGACAACGUAAGUUC